GUUGGAGGGACUGCAGUGCGUAGGAAUGAUCAGUGCGAUUAGUGGAUAAGUUGGUGAACCAAGUGUUUUCAACGUCCAAGGCCUCAUGCCAAUGAUCCCAGCUUUCUUUUGGAUCUGAAGAAGUGAAGUUAACCUGAGGUCUCCAUGUGUAUCAUCUUCUUCCAGUUUAAACCCCAUUCAGCUUCUGCUUACAGGCUCAUCCUAGCAGCAAACCGUGAUGAGGACUAUUCAAGACCAACAAAGCCAGCAGAUUUCUGGGAAACCGACUGUAAUAUUCUAAGUGGAUUGGAUAUGGAAAAAGGCAAAGAAGGAGGAACAUGGUUGGGUAUUAGCAAGAAGGGCAGGUUUGCUGCACUGACGAAUUAUCUCCAACCCAUAAACAGUCUGAAUGCAUUAGGGAGAGGUCAUCUAGUGGCAAAUUUCCUGACUGAAGAGGCAGAUGGUUUGACUUACUUAAAGAAAGUAUCUUCAGAAGGACAUCUGUACAAUGGGUUUAAUUUGAUAACUGCAGAGUUUAACAACACCAAAGAAGAUACGAUGUGUUACUAUGGAAACAAAAGUGGUCAGGAGCCCAAAACAUUGGAGCCAGGUAUUUAUGGGCUUUCAAACAGCCUUCUUGAGACUCCAUGGAAGAAACUUGUUUAUGGAAAAAAGCUUUUCACAGAUACAAUUAAACAAUGCAAUGAACUUUCUUCAGAGAGCUUAGUGGAAGAACUCAUCAAGAUGCUGAACAAUGAGGAGUUCCAAUUGCCAGCUCCUGACAUAGAGGAGCAGGGUCAAGAUUUCAUUCGGCCGAUACUAAAGGAAAUUUCAGCAUUGUUUGUCCGCACUUCCUCUUAUGGCACCCGGACAAACACAGUCAUCCUCGUUGAUGCAAAAGGUCACGUAACCUUCACGGAGCGUACUAUGCUCAACCCUGAUGCUAACCAAUGGAAAGUCAGCUCCUUCCAGUUCGAACUUGAAAUUUAACAGCUUUCCAUUCAAUGCACAGUCAAAAAAAGAAAGGAAUGGAGAACAAAGUUGAAUGGAAAUGAAAGCAUACUUCACAGAUCCUGCAGGUUUCUGGGGCACUAAUGAUGUAAAUGUUUGAUUAAAUCAUACUGUCGCCUAGCAACUGCCAUGCUUUAAAAUGCACAGUAUCAUUAAUGCUUCAUGGUGUUCCAUAUGUUUAUAGUCAAUGUUUGUAUGUAUUUCUCAGUGAAUGUAUCCUAUUGAAUGUCUGUGCAAAUGUGUGUUCAUUGAAUAACUGCGUGUUUGUCUGUAUGCAGUCUCUCUAUAUAUGUAUGUGAGUGUGAACGUGUGUAUGUAUUGGCUGGAACUUAUGUUUUUGGCAGGAUGAGGAAGCCAAAAUCAAAACUGAUUGAUUUGUUCACUCCUGUCUCUGUUCUCACCAUCUCAGUCCAUUCAACCAAGAAUCAGGUAGCCACUUAUUGUCUUUCUGGCAGAGGGUAAUGCUGUUUACAGUCACAGCUACAGUCAGUCUUUUCAUUAUUAUAGACCCAUAACAUAUCUAAGAUUUUUUUUUAAAAAUCACAUGCAGAGACUGCUAGUUUCCCUCGCGUAAUCUGUUGUUACAUUCAACCAUGUACCCAGUGGCAGGUCUUGUGCUCUUCUUCUUCUGCUCUUGUGUCAUUUCAUCAUUGUGCCAUAAACACCCACUGCCACAAAGAUCCAGUGCCCAAAAAAAUGCAAUAGGUUACAAAAAUUACAUGAUUUGAUCAUUAACAGGAUCAAAAUCUUAUUAAUUAGGAAGUAUAGAAUGUUGAUCUGUUUGUCCACUUGGCUUCUGUAACUUCAGAGACAGGUGUGAUGAUGUAAUGUUUUCAACAGAAUGGUGUGUGUGUGUGUGUGCGCGCAUCUAUGUGUGAAGCUGCUUUUAUUUGUUCCAGUUUGAUUAAUAAUUCUACCAUUGUUCAGUGCAAUUGUAUUCUUAUAAAUAAUGCGGGUGAUUUCAGCUUCCAUACUUUUUUUUAAAAACAGGUUGGCCAGACUUUUGUGUGGAAUAUUAGGGAUCAAGAUAUUAAUGUGUCUUUUUUGUACCCCAACCCCCACAGUUUUUUGUCUCUUUCUAUUCCUGUAAAUCUUUGCCCUCCCAUUCACUCACCAUUAUGAGCUGUUGGUGGCUGAUUCUCUGCCUUCUGCUAUAUUGCUAUAUUACACAGUAACCGGCCACAAGGGGACAUUUAGUAUUUACCAGAUUAACUUUAUGCUGAACAUUUUUACAUUCCCUGACACGUUGGAUUGGCUUUCCUCAGGGUAAUCUCAGCACUACUGAACUCCCAGUAGGAAGGAACAGAACAUGGCUGAGUACAUCACAACUGCACUGUUAGUUUCCUGUCACACAAUCCAUGUUACUGUUGGGAAUUUCUUCAAGCUGCACUAUUCAGGGAUAGCAUCAUUAACAUAAUUUGCUGUUCUCAAGAUUGAUGGACGUAAAUUAUAAAGAUGGAAACAUUAUAGUGAAAGGGGAGUAAAAUUGUUGACCAAUUGAUUUUUCUUAAACUUUCAAAGAAGGGAGAGAAUAAUGAGAGCUUUCUCCAUGAAGAAAAGGUAUUAUUGUCAAUUCUAAAAGUGUAUAAAUGACUAUAUUGUACUGAAUGUUAUUUUUAGAAACGCAUUAGAUGCACAGAACAUUUUGGAUUAAUUAUUUGAACAUGCCAACAAUGAAAGUUAACUGUUGGUAGCUGCACCCUGUCAUUUGAUUCAGUAAAGUGACAUAGGAAAAUCUGCCUAUAUUAAAUCCAUUUACAAGGUGCUCUAA